GUACCCAGUAAAAUUAAUGAGGAAGGAGAUAAAGAAAGAAGAAGUUGUUUCUCUCUAACCCACAUUAAAACCAAGGGCACAACUCACAUAUUCUCUCAGUUGCACGUAGGGCUAUAGGCAUCUGUGUAUUUGCAUUUAAGACUAGCUUUUCAUUGAUGGCAUGACCAGAGUAGUAAAAGUUGCAUGUUCUCUUCUCUUGGUUAGAGGAAAAAUCAAAAACAUGUCCUUUCAAAUUCAAGGAGACUUGGCUUGAGCGGUGUUUUUAUGCUUUUUGUAUGACACAUCUCUCUUUCUUUUGGCAGCUUCUAGCUGUACUGGUGAUGUAAAGUCAGGAAAAAUAAUUAAUUGGCUAUUUAGAUAUCCAGGUGGUGAAAUUUAAUCCAGCUAAUAAAAGAGAAUAAAAUAAAUAGUCGGUUGUGUUGCUUUCAAAAGUAUAAGAUAGGCAUGUCUGUUGUUCAUGAUAGAGCUGUAUUGGUCAGACAGGAGAAAGCACAUGUGGUUUUCACAGGUGUUUUAGUUUAGUUCCUACGCUGAUCUCUUGUAGUAUCUCUAAAGACUACACUACCGUUUCUUGGUUGUUCUUCCAACCUUUCUUUUAUUUAGCCCUCAAAAUGGAUUCUUCCCAAGUUUUUGGAGGUGCAGAAGAAUGCCACAGCAGUGAAUCCGGGUGGACUAUGUACAUUGGCUCUCCUGUGCAAGGUGAGGAGGAUGAUGAUAUUGAUCCAAGUGGCUAUGAUGCUCAUGGAGAAUUUGAUGGUAGCUGAAGAAAAUCAUAAGCUAAUCAUCAUGAUGCAAAUAGUGAUGAUUCUAUGGCCUCUGAUGCUUCUUCUGGUCCCAGUCAUCGAGAGCAACCGUGGAAGGCUGGUCGCGGAAUAACUGAAUACUACAAGGGGCAUGACGCCAAUGUUGAUGGGAAACAUUGCUCCAGCCACAAGAGCAAGAAGGCGGGAGUCAAGAAGAAUAGGCAUGAGAAGAAGAAUAAAGAGAAGGAUGAGGCUGAAGUUGCUGCAAAGGGAGUCAAGCAUUUUACGCAAGGUAGUAAGGUGAGGAAAAAUCUAGGAUGUGGGAAAAGAAACUAAAUGAACUGAAAUCUCCAUAUCCUUCUUCUUGCUGUGUCAGUCAUCAAUAGAAGAAGUUAUUUUGAAGCCUGUAGAAAUUAGAAUCUGGCAUGAGCUUAAAAUGUUUCCAAUUAGAUAUGUUAGCAAUUUUUGUACUUUGGCCAUGUGAUAAAUAUAUUAAUUUUUAGGACAUGCACAAGUACAUGAUUUUAAGUAAAGUAUUCCAUUAUUAUGCUUGAGAACAAGACACAAGCAUAAGCUAUGUGCAUGUACUUGAGCAGGCGAGGGAAAUGAGAAUCUGUUUGAAAAAUCUCAGAAUAUCAUAUCGUUUGUAUGCUUUGA